UCUCCUGCUUCCCGGUCAGAGCGGAGCAUCACUCCCCCGCGGCUCCUCUCUGCAGCUGUCAGCAGUCGGUGUGGGACGGGACACGGUGCGCGCGAGGAGCCACUCGUGGAGCCGUGGUGACCGAGGCUAUACAGCACUUGAGCUUCGAUUCACAGGUUGUCGUGAAGGUGUGCCUGGACACGAGUGAAGAUGGUCCGGGCAGCAGGUAUUCUGAAGCUGGCAGCGCUCGUCUCUGCCUUCCUCUUCGCUGUCUUCCUCACUUUUCAGCUGCUGGAGCCGAACAUGGACUUUGAUCUGAGCAGCAUAAUGUUAAGAGCUCAGGGGAAUGAUCUUCCAACAAAGCCAGGUGUUGUCAAGCACAAGUGCGGCCUCUCCAAGCCGUGUCCACCCAAACACUUCGCCUUCAAGAUGGCAAGCGGGGCGGCCAGCGUGGUCGGGCCCAAAAUGUGCCUGGAUGACAAAAUACUGAUGAGCGCCGUGAAGAACAAUGUGGGGAGAGGACUCAACGUCGCCCUCGUUGAUGCGAAAACGGGGGAGGGAGGCAAGACAGAGAGCUUCGAUUUGUGGGCAGGAGAUGUGGCUCCCUUCAUUAAAUUCCUCAAUGAAAUUGAAGACGGGACAAUCGUGAUGAUUGCUUCUUUUGAUGACAGCUCAACAAAACUUACUGUUGAAGCCAGGAAACUGUUAGCUGAUCUGGGCAGCUCGGAAAUUCAUAACUUGGGAUUCCGCGAUAACUGGAUCUUUGUAGGAGGGAAAGGCAUCAAAACCAAGAGUCCGUUUGAACAGCAUUUGAAGAACAAUGCGGAAACCAACAAAUUUGAGGGCUGGCCCGAGGUGCUGGAGAUGGAAGGCUGCGUACCACAGAGACAAGACUGAGGACCCGCCGCAUUUACUGUUGCCCUCCGUCGGACACCCUCUCCGGACUUUGCUGUCCUCACCAGACUGAAAACUUUUAUUCAGAUUUACGCAGAUUAACAUUCCCUCCGGAAGAGCUGCCCUGAAACUUCAGUCUGUCCUGACCUCUGACCUUCUUGCCUUUCUCUUUUUGCUUGGAAACUGUAACAUUAAUGCCUUGGGGGGG